GAGCGAGGGCGAGGCGGGCGAGCCGCAGACAGGUAGUGGCGGGCCGCAGAGGGAUGGGAUGCGUUACCCCGUCCUCAGCACGCCUCCCCGUCUCAGCAGAAUGUCUGAACAAGAGCGUAUACAGGACUGCCUGAGGAAAGAGAUAAGGUCACUUCUUAUUUCCACUAAAGAUGGUUUGACCCCACAACAGUUGGAGAAGGAGUACCUUUUGAUGGUUGGUAACCAUCUCCCGCUCCGAAUCCUUGGAUAUCGGUCCACUAUGGAACUGGUGUUGGAUAUGCCUGAUGUGGUUAGUGUCUGCCCCUGUGGGGAUGGUACCAUCAUACUGAAAGCCAUUCCAGAUGAAUCCACCAAAGGAAUAGCAAGUUUAGUUGCAAAGCAGAGGAGGAGCCAUAAGGUCCGAAACUCCAUGCAGAAGGGGAGAAGCAGUGUUUGCACCGGCCGCGUGCCUUACCGUGGAAGGGUGCCCCCUAUACUUCCAGCUGUUGUGAAGAGCGAGUUGAAAGACCUUCUGGCCUUGUCCCCUGUUCUCCUCUCUGACUUUGAAAAGGCGUUUGCCAAGCGGUUUGGACGAUCGUUCCAGUACAUGCAGUACGGAUUCCUCUCCAUGUUUGAAGUGCUCAAUGCAGCGUCGGAUGUCAUUUCUGUAGAGCAGACCAGAGCGGGUUCUUUGCUGACACUGAAAAAGAGUGUCUCAGAGGAAAAGCAGAGAGGAUGGCCAGCAGGUAAAAUUUUUACCCAGCCAUUUAGAAUGAAACAACAGGGCUCCUAUUCUACUGGAUUCCCAGUAACGAAGACAUGCUUUUCACAACCCGCUUCAAAUAUGGAACCACCCAAGCAAGUACUGAACAUGGAGAAGAUGCCCACAUUUAAUACAAUGGAGAUUUCAAGGCUGAACCACACUGAAAAAUUAAACCAGGUAAGGUACCGGAACUCAGGGAAAGAGAGAGAUGCCAAAAAGAGGCUUUUGAGCUCAGUUGUAUCUAAGUUUCCACAAGGGUUGUUUAUUUCUAAACUGCUUGGAGAGUUUGAGCUAAUUUUUAAAGAGCAACUUUCACCAAAACAGUUAGGGUUCUUAAAUGUGACGGAACUUGUUGGAGCUCUCAGUGACAUUCUCCGGGUUGAGUUCAGUGAAGAGAAGCAGGACUUGCUAGUGUUUGAUGCUGAUCUGAAGCCAGUACCACCUGGUGGAGCCCUUUCAUCAGUCAGAAAUUCGUGUUUAGUUCAACCAGACAAGAAAACAGAAGCCAGUGCCUGGGUCUCCAGUCCCUCCAGGAACCCACUGUCUGCUGUAGCAGUUAAGAAGACUACGUGGGAUUGCCCUUUGAAGAACCACAAGGAACCAGAACAGAGAAUCUACAAGAAGCCUAACCUUGUGGUAAAGCCUUUACAGCUGCAAGUAGAAACAAACAAGCCCCAGCUCAGCUUGUCGGUGGCAAACCAUGAUAUCCCACCAGAUGCUGUCCGUGCAAAGAAAUUGUGCAGACUUCCACCGCUGGACACUAGUACCCUUGUGGGGGUCUUUGUGGAAUAUAUAAUCUCUCCUAGCCAGUUCUACAUCCGGAUCUACAGCAGAGACUCGUCAGAGUUACUUGAAGAUAUGAUGAUCGAAAUGCGGCGCUGUUAUUCUAACCAGCUGGUUUCUGAUCGGUACAUCAUGCCAGAAUAUUUUAUUCAACCAGGACAUCUCUGUUGUGUAAGGAUUUCUGAGGACAAGUGGUGGUACCGGGUUAUUAUCCACCGAAUCCUCGGGAAAAAGGAAGUUGAAGUGUUCUACCCAGACUUUGGAAAUAUUGGAACUGUUCAGAAGUCCUCGCUGCGAUUCCUCAAAUGCUGCUACACAAAGCUUCCCGCUCAGGCUAUACCUUGCUCUUUGGCUUGGGUGAGACCAGCAGAGGAACACUGGACAUCCAGAGCUAUUUUGCACUUCCAGAAGCUCUGUGGUUUGAAGCCAUUAGUAGGGGUGGUGGAUGAGUAUAUAGACGGAAUCCUAAAUAUUUUUCUUUGUGAUACAUCUUCAAAUGAAGAUGUCUACUUUCAUCAUGUCUUGAGGACAGAGGGCCAUGCUAUUGUCUGCCGAGAAAAUGCUCCAUCCAAGGGCUUCAGUGAUCUCAACCCACUAGCGCUCUACACUAACUCCAGCGGAGCGGCAGGUGACGCGGUCCUAACGGGGCUGGGGCGUCCUUCUCAGCAGCACUAUUUUAAUGAAGACAGGGAGAUACAGCAGCAGUCCAAGCAAGAUAUUAGUGAUGAAAAGUCUUUAAGUCACCUUACAUCUGCGUCAAAGGAAUUAUUAAAGGAUUCUCAGUUCAGUUCGUUGGAGACAUGUAAGAGCUAUGAAGGAGAUCUGCAGUGGUCCAUCCUGAAGCCCAGGGAGCCAAAGGAAGACAACGAGGAUGAGAUCCCUACUGGAAUGCCAUGCCUGGAGUCAGUGACCAUAGGCGAUGAUGUUUGGGAUGAGAACUGGCUCCCUCUACAGGCUAAAAUGGGGAAGGGCGAGGGUCCUGCCUCCCAUAUGUUAACUUCAAGCCUUGUUGGGAAGAAACAGUAUCAGUCCCAUGGAGAAAUGGCACAAAAGGACUGGUGUUUUCCCGCAUCUAAAGAUAUAUGGGAUGACUCCUGGCAACCCUUGGGCUUUGCACAUGACAUGAAGGGAGGAAUUCAAACACCUGAAGGGUCCAUUGCUCAAGAAAAAAGUAUUGGCACAAGCAGAAUUAGAAAGCAAGCAGAUUUACAGUAUCCUUUGGAUUCUUCCACACUGCCCAAACUGGAAGAGUUCUACAUCUCUCUUAUCAAGUCCCAGCAGUCGGCAGAAGGGAGCCAGUCGGAACCUGUCAGCAUUCAGACUCAACCCAAGCACAGUCUGCUGUCCCCAGCAGUGCCCAGCUCAGCUCCUUCCAGGGUCGGCUCUCCAGAAACCCACUCUGACUCUGUGGAAAGCUCUCCAGGGAGCCUAAAGAGUGAAGAUUUUUCUAGUAGCCAUGCCGACACGGUGGUGAAGGACGAGAGUCAGGGAGCCAUAGACCAGCUCUCUUUGAUUUUGUCCCCCCAGCACCAGAUGGCUCAGAAGCUCUACAUCCCUCGAAGUACAGCCACGGCUGUCUUGGGAGCUGCCGCGCGGUUAGCCACGUCCAGGAGCCUCCUGCACUGGUACCCCAGUGUGAAAGGUUGGAAGCCUGAGGGACAGGAGGCGGCGAAAAAGGAAGUGAAGUAGCCUGUGGGUAGCGAUCACGGGGUCUUUCUGCAUGACCAUAUGUUAGCUUUGUUUUGCUAACUGACCACUUUGAUGUGUAAGUAUUGAUAUUCUGUGUUAGUUUUAAUUUUUGUUCAUGAUUUUACUUCAUUUCAAAUGGUUUGGUUCACCUUUGUUUUAAUGAAGUAAUUUAAAGGAGUUGGUGUAUAUGUUUCUGUGAGUGUUUUUCUUGUACAUAUCAUGACUGAUAAAUGAAAAUUGGAAAAC